AGGUGGGUCAGAGUUUGCUCUGAUUGAGCGGAAUGUUCCACCGCGGCUCGGCUUUAUUCAUUAUCCUUUGUUCUGUAUAGUCUGAUAUGUUGGGAUGAAAGUAAAUGUAGAUAUAUAUAUGAACGAUCUCUUUUCCUUUCGAGCUGCUUGUUGUAUACAGCAGGAAAUAUAUUUCUCUUGUCUUGGUUGGAUGCACAAAUCUGUGUGCCGUGCUUUUUGCCCGUUGCCUAGACGAUCACUUGGUUUCUCUGAGGAUGUCUGGUUCUCGUAAAGAGUUUGAUGUGAAACAGAUUUUGAAAAUCAGAUGGAGGUGGUUUGGUCAUCAGACAUCAUCUAAUUCUUCAGUUGACAGCCAGCAGGGAGAAUUUUGGAACCGAGGGCAGACUGGAGCAAGCGGUGGGAGAAAGUUUUUAGACCCAUGUAACCUACAGUUGCCUUUGGCUUCAAUUGGUUACCGAAGGUCCAGCCAACUGGAUUUUCAGAAUUCACCUUCUUGGCCAAUGGCAUCGACCUCGGAAGUCCCUGCGUUUGAGUUUACUGCAGAAGACUGUGCCGGUGCACACUGGCUGGAUAGACCAGAAGUGGAUGAUGGCACUAGCGAAGAGGAAAAUGAAUCCGAUUCCAGCUCGAGCAGGACUUCUAAUAGCAGUCAGACACUGUCAUCCUGCCAUACUAUGGAGCCAUGUUCAUCAGAUGAAUUCUUCCAAGCCCUUAACCAUGCAGAGCAAACAUUUAAAAAAAUGGAGAACUACUUGAGACAUAAGCAACUGUGCGAUGUCACUUUAGUGGCUGGUGAUCGCAGGAUUCCAGCUCACAGACUGGUGCUCUCCUCCGUCUCCGAUUAUUUCGCUGCUAUGUUUACUAAUGAUGUCAGGGAGGCAAGGCAAGAAGAAAUAAAGAUGGAAGGUGUGGAACCAAACUCAUUGUGGUCCUUAAUUCAGUACGCAUACACAGGCCGCCUUGAACUAAAAGAAGAUAACAUCGAGAGCCUGCUGUCUACGGCGUGCCUUCUGCAGCUCUCCCAGGUUGUGGAAGCAUGCUGUAAAUUUCUCAUGAAGCAGCUUCACCCGUCCAAUUGCCUUGGAAUCCGUUCUUUUGCCGAUGCCCAGGGCUGCACAGAUUUGCAUAAAGUGGCCCACAAUUACACUAUGGAACAUUUCAUGGAAGUAAUCAGAAACCAGGAGUUCGUCUUACUCCCAGCCAAUGAAAUUGCAAAGCUCUUGGCCAGUGAUGACAUGAACAUCCCUAACGAGGAGACAAUACUGAACGCACUUCUUACUUGGGUCCGGCACGAUUUGGAGCAGAGGCGGAAAGAUCUCAGUAAACUUUUGGCUUAUAUUAGGCUACCUCUCCUUGCACCACAGUUUCUGGCAGACAUGGAAAACAAUGCACUUUUUCGGGAUGACAUAGAAUGUCAGAAACUCAUUAUGGAAGCAAUGAAGUAUCACUUAUUACCUGAGAGACGACCCAUGUUGCAGAGUCCUCGGACAAAACCUCGCAAGUCAACUGUUGGAACACUGUUUGCAGUUGGCGGGAUGGAUUCAACAAAAGGAGCAACAAGCAUUGAGAAGUACGACCUCCGUACAAAUAUGUGGACGCCCGUAGCAAACAUGAACGGGAGGAGGCUGCAGUUCGGUGUCGCGGUGUUAGAUGACAAGCUGUACGUGGUUGGAGGGCGCGAUGGACUGAAGACUUUGAACACUGUAGAGUGCUACAACCCCAAAACAAAGUCCUGGAGUGUGAUGCCACCUAUGUCCACACAUAGGCAUGGGCUUGGCGUGGCCGUGUUGGAAGGUCCCAUGUACGCGGUAGGAGGGCAUGAUGGCUGGAGCUAUCUGAACACUGUGGAGCGAUGGGACCCUCAGGCUCGCCAGUGGAAUUUUGUUGCCACUAUGUCCACCCCCAGGAGCACAGUAGGUGUGGCUGUACUAAGUGGAAAACUUUAUGCAGUUGGUGGCCGCGAUGGAAGUUCUUGUCUCAAGUCAGUAGAGUGCUUUGAUCCUCACACUAACAAGUGGACACCGUGUGCCCAGAUGUCGAAAAGGAGAGGCGGCGUAGGCGUGACAACCUGGAACGGACUGCUGUAUGCGAUCGGAGGACACGAUGCUCCCACAUCCAACUUGACUUCCAGACUUUCCGACUGUGUAGAGAGAUAUGAUCCCAAAACAGACAUGUGGACUGCAGUGGCGUCCAUGAGCAUCAGCAGAGACGCAGUGGGGGUCUGUUUGCUUGGGGACAAGCUGUAUGCUGUCGGGGGUUAUGAUGGGCAGACCUACCUGAACAUAGUGGAGGCUUACGAUCCCCAGACGAACGAAUGGACUCAGGUUGCCCCGCUGUGCCUAGGAAGAGCUGGAGCGUGCGUUGUGACUGUAAAGAUAUGACUUCAUGCUUUGUCCUCUAAAUGACGAUGCCCUCUCCUACCAGUGGAUUCAUUUUCAGUGACCGUGCAACGCCACAUUCCUAGGCACAGAGUGUCUCACUUCAAAAUGGAGAUGUUGAAACAAUGGAGGAAGGAAUGGAUGGACCAGGAUGAGAUGCUUCAUUGCUUAGUAAAUUAAAGCUACAGCUGGCGGACUGGAGUCCCAUCUCCAGAUAACAAUAUGAAGAUGAGUGCACUGCCCCAGAACAGCCCAGCACUAACUGGGAAUUUCAUCUCUCUUUAGUGGGGCACAUUUUAUUCAUGCUGUCCAGAGUUAUGACAGUACAGACAUAUGAACUUCUAAAAUAUUACUUUAUAAGUUUGUCAUACACGAGCUUCCAUACUUUUUAUUGUUUAAUCAAACCACUAUUUUAAUGACAUACUAAAGACUAUGCUGUCUAGUUUUUUUCAGGUACAAUAAUAUUAAAUCUGCUCUAGUUGUGAAUUUUAUUACUAAAGUUGGUUUAACCCAAUAAUAAAGAAAAACACAACAUUAAAAAUAAGACUGACCAAACAAACACUUGAUAGGAUCUCUAGGUCCUACUUAAAUAGCCAUCCCAUUCCCUCUAGAUCCAGCAAGGACCGUGUGUGGUAGGCUGCUACUGACAUUAAAGCGAAUGCUUUACACUAAGAUAUGCAAGUCUAUGUAGAGAAAAUAAACGCUAUCUACUCUAUGAUGUUCUUCUCCCUAACUAGUAUUUAACUAUGUGGGUUUAUGUUCUUUUAUACUACAGAAGAGGAAUUGGGUCUGUCCCUUUGAUACUGAUGUGGUUCUUUGGCCGAUCUUACAUUGUCUGCUGCCACCUGGUUUCUCACAAAUUGGCCAAUUGUGUUAAGAACCCAUUGUGCUUCUUUGUAAUCAAAAUAUUGGGGGGGGGGUGCUAACUGAAUAUUUGAAAAAUAAGUUUAAAGUGUUUGUUACUCAAAUUUUGUACAUUUGUAAGCUCUAAUUACAUACGUGAAUGUUAAUCGUCUCGGUGAAUUGUUUAUUAUUUGUAAAAUGCCCCGGGCAGUAACAUUGUAUGAAAUGUUCUUUAAGGUAGAAAUCUUUUCCUUAAUAUAAAAUGGAUGUAAACAGAAGUCCAGUCUUUUAUAGUACAAUGUUAUGGUUAAUAUAAUCUUAUUUCGUAUUAGGAUAGCCUUUAUUUUAGUUACUUUCUUUAAAAAGUGAAACACAGUCCCUUUUUAUUGAACUGACUUUGUUUCUGUGUUUGCUUUUGUUCUUUGAGACAGGGUCUCACUAUGUAGCACUGGCUAGCCUUAAACUUACUAUAUGAACCAGGUUGGACUUGAACUCAUAGAGAUCCCUGUUUCUGCCUCCUGAGUGCUGGGAUUAAAGCUGUGCACCUCCAUGUCCAGCUGGUUCCUUAAUAUUUAAAAAAAAAUUUGCUUAAGUCACUCACCCUUUAGAAUUGUAUAUACAUAUUGCUUUAGGAAAGUAAAUGCUUAAAGCCUAACUCUUCAGAUGUCUUAAUACUGAAUUGCAAAAUACCUUGAGUGAACAAAUACGUUACAUAUAUUAAAUAUAUAUUAAAAUAACAAAUAUAUUAAAAUAAACAUUAACUCCAAAAAAUUAUAUAACCUAGACAAGAUGGAUAAAUCCGUAGUUACAUACAAGUUAAAAACUGACUCAAAAAGCGAAGAAUCUGUGCAGAUCUGUAACGAGUGAAGAGCCCAAGUCAAUAAUCAAAACAACUCUUAAGAAAAGCAAUGUCAUCUGCAGUAGUGGAAGGACGGGGAUGAUCGUUUUAACUGAUUUUUAAAGUAUUUAAUGAAAUACAAUAGCCUUUUCUGGUUUAAAAAAUUUAGGAAGCCGAGACUUCCCUUAACCUACUAAAAGGCUUUUCUGAAAACCCACAGCUGACAACACAAUGAGAGAAUGAGACCUUCACCCCUGUGGUCAAGGAAAAGUCUCUUCUGUGAUGAGCUCCAACUCUGAACUAGUGUUCUAGCCAGAGAAAUUAGAAAAAUAGAAAGAAAUAGGGAAUUCAGGUUUUUUUAGAUAGUAAAACUACCAUUAAUAGACAUUAUAAUACUAUAUUUUAAAAAGACUAAAGAAUCCACCCCCCCCCAAAAAAAAAAAAACCUAGCUAACUAAAAUUUCAGAGAUGUUGUGUGUAAGAGCACAGAAAGUGUUUCUAUACACUAGGAAAGAAUCGUGAGAUAAGAUUAAGGGAGCAAUGCCAUUUAUACCACGGGGAAAAUGAAACCCUUAAAAUCCACUCACCGAGCAGGUGGCACAUGUAGAUGAUCCGUCCAUUACUGAAAUAGAGAAGAUGUAAAUACUCGAAAGGCACCUUGCAUUCACAAGUUGGAAAAUAUGUUGGGCUGACACCAGCACCACCAUCUAGAGUCGGUGCGCUCCCUACAAGACCCCAGAUGAACUCUUCACUGGAUUGAGAAAGUUAAUCCUAAAAUGCAUAUGGAAUUGUAAGAGACCCAGAGAACCAAUGAAACAAGCAUCUCUAAUAACGGGGAAGUGGGGAAGGACUCGGAUUUUCUGAUUUCAUUUUAUGGUAUUGAUACAUAAGUAAACACGCAGACCAAUAGGGUGAAAUCGAACGUCAGGAAGUAACUUUGGAAAGUGCACUAGACUCGCUGGUUUUCAGCAAGGAUGCCAAACCAAUUAGGAAAACUAUCCACAUGGAAAGGUAUAGAGUCCGGCCCUUCACAAUGGGUGCAAAGUUAAUACAAAGUAGAUCAAAAAUCUAAAUAUAGGAAUUAAAACCACAAUACUGAGAAGGGAACAGAUAUGCCCUUAGUGACAUUGAAUUUAGAUAUGGUUUCCUGGAUAGGACUCUUAAACCACAAACAAUAAAAAUAAAUUGUACGUCACAGACCUGCUCACCUAUCGAGAAAGUGAAGGUAGGCCAGGCGUCGAGCUGCACACCCAAUCCAGAGGCAGACGGAUCUCUAAGUUUGAGGCCAACCUAUCCUACAUAGUGAGACUCUGUCCUGUCUUAAGAGGAAGAAAGAAAAGCCAAGGGGCUUGGGAGAUGACCGUGAGGGAGACUAAGCUAAGAACGCUUGCUGCUUGUGCUUCAGGACCAGAGUUCAAGUCCCCAGGAGCCAAGGUUACAUGAGCAGGCAUGGCUGUAACCCCAGCAACCACAGAGCAGAUGCAGGCAGAUCCCAAGAGUUCUCUGGCCCAUGAGCCAAGCACAAAGCAAGCUUCCAGGCAAGUGAGAGGCCCUGUCUCAAGGCAAUAGGGUAGAGAGAAAAACAUCCGAUACCAGCUCAGACAUGCCCGGAAUUACACACACACAAACACACACACAACACAAAGUGGAAAGACAACUCAGGAUGGGAGAAAGUAGUUGCAAAUUAUAUAUCUGGUAAGAGACUAGAAUUCAGACUCAAAAAGGGAUUCAGACAUUCAAUACCAAAAAUAUGAUCCAAUCAGAAAUAUACAAAGGACGUAAGCAGAAGCCCGAGAAAGCGAUACAGACGGCAAGCACCUGAGAAGACACUGACCUCCCGGUCAUUAUGCAAAUCCACAGCGCAGUGAGAUACAGCUUCACCCACACUGGAAUGGCUGUAAUUUUAGAAGCAGAAAAUGAGUAUCGGAGAGGACAUGGAGAAAUCGUUCACUGCGGGCAUGUAAGAGGCUGCAGCUGCAGAGACAGCUUGCGGCGCAACUCGCUGCUGCGUGACCCGGCAAUCCACUCCUGGCUGUAUACCAAAAGCUGAAAACCUGUUCGAACAGAAGCUUGCAUACCGAAAUAUUCACGGCAGUAAAGCGUAACAACCGAAAGGUGGAAGCAGUACACACAAGCGGGUGCGUUCAGCCGGGGAGAAAUGGAGUUCUGACGCUCACUACAACUCGGAUGAAGCCUGGCACACCGCGCUGAGUGGAAGACGCCAGGCGCCAGAGGCUGGGCGGUGGAUGAAAUGCCUGAACUAGAGAAGAACGUCCAAAAAGCAAAUGUGUGAUUAAAGACUGUGAGGGACAGGGGGACAUGGACGCUUUAUGAGUAAGGUGUUUCCUUUGGGAAUGAAUGUUCUGGAAUGUAGCGGCAUUUCAUUUGUAUUUUAAUAAAUAAAGCUUGCCUGAAGAUCAGAAAAGUAAAACAGCCACACUGGCCAGCCUUACAGACCAGACAGCAAUGACACGGGCCUUUAACCCCAGUAGCCACAAUGACGCACACCUUUAAUCCCAGUAGCCACAAUGACACACACCUUUAAUCCCAGUAGCCACAAUGACACACAUCUUAAAUCCAGUAGCCACACUAGCUGGUCAUAGAAACCAGGUGGUAGUGGUCCUUAAUCCCAAAAGUAAUGAGGAUUAUAAAACAGGCGGAGACAGCUCUCAGCCUCAAUCCCAUUCUGUGGUUUCCUGGAGGCAGGAGUGCCAUCUUCGGACUAAGGUGGAGGUAAGACUGGCUGCUUUGCUUUUCUGGUUUUCAGGUUGAACCCCAACAUCUGCCUCCGAGUUUUUAAUUAAUCGUGCUUCGUUCGAACUACUUUCUGGCGAUAGUUUCACACUGGUGAUGGUCCAUAGUAUCACUGGUGGUAAACCUUAUGCACAUCUUACCACAAUUCUUAAGAAGCUUUGUUAGGGAGCAGGGCAUUGAUAUGCCAUUAAUCCCAGCACUCAGGAGGCCCAGGAACUGUGAAUUCAAGAUCAGCCUGGUUUGCAUAGUGAAUUUUAGGACAGCCAGAGCUAUACCAUGAGACCCUGUCUGAAACAAUUAAUUAAUUAAUAGCUUUAUUAAAGACACUAUAUAUUUUUUGAAAUGUCAUAACAAUGCACAUUACUGGGAUUAAAAUUCUGACUUUUUAAGCAUCCCAAAGAGGAUACUUUUAAAUGGAUGAAUUUUAAAACUCUGAUAGGAAGAAAGGCUCUUUAGCUGUUUAGUACAAGAAGAGAGUGAGGAAGAAGUUUGAUUGGGAGCAUCAUGACGACUUGACCCCCACUUUCUGUCCCCUGCCGCAGGCUGGUAACUUCCACUGGACUAAUGAGGCACAGACAGACCUCUGAGUUUGAGACCAGCCUGGACCAGGAAGUGUGGGAAACAUUGCACACUUUGAUUUGAUUGCUUUGUGUACACCAAACUAUACUUGUGCUAUUUUAAACGGUUUUUAGAUGAUAGUAUUGCUUGUUAUAAUAAGUUUG